AUAAUUCUAGAUGAUACAAUAGAUGUAGAUCUAUAUUAUAUACAAAAAUAUUUACUAGAUAACUAGACUAUUUUGGAGAGACACUCCCGUCCACAGAUAGGGCAGGUUAAGGUGCCUUUUGCUUUGGUGGUAGAGGAGCUGGCCGUUUUUCGGAUUGUACGUUUUUCUUCCUGAACUGAGACCCAUGUACUUUCACUGUCCAUAGCUUUUUUUGACACUGUCUCUCUCCAUCUGGCGUGGUCUAGAGCAGGGGUGGGCAAAUUACUGCCCGCAGGCCACAUGUGGCCCGCCGGAGUGUUUUAUGCGGCCCGCCGACACCUACAGAAGUCAGGUGUGCCCACAGUAUAUACUUAUAAAAAUGCAAAUAUAUUAAAAUAAUAUAAAUAUAAACUAUUGAAACUGUCAUUAUAAAAAGUUUCAAGCAAACGAAGACUAUGCUUAUUGGCUAUACAUCAAUACACUCAAUUCAAACACCAUCUCUGAUCAGUAUUUAUUCAAUGCUAUGAAGAACUGUGUUGAAUGUUGGGUAUGCUUGGAACAAGAUGGCAAGGGUGACAACUGGUGGAGCUCGAUCUUUGACUGAGUAAAAUGGGGGAUUUUUUUUAAUACUCCAAACAUAAACUUUAAACAGGAAAAAUUGCACAAAGCUGCAUAAAAUUUCAAUUUCAGAACGACAAUACUAAUAGCAAUCAAACUUAUCAGAGCUAGGGGUAUUAACCACAGGUAGUUUCGAUUUUGAAUAAAAUAAUCCAACAUAUCCGCUAUCAUAGCAUGGGCAAGGUAGACGAGAACAAUAUAAAAUCUCCAGGAAGAAAUUGUUAUGUUACUUGAAGGACAUUGACUGUGACCUUGUUACCAAUAUUUCUAAUGAAGAGUGGAAGACAGAUUUCAUGUGUUUCAUAAUUACCAUCGCAAUGAGUCCCUUGCAAAUGAAAUGUAAAUGGAUGUUAAAUCUUUUCAAACAAGGCUUUCCCAUUUCUACAAGCAAGCAAAAGAAAACAGGUUUUGUCAUUUUCCUUUGCUGAAAGAUUUCUAGUAAAAAUGUAUAUUUCGGACAUACUGAGGAUGCUUCUCAAAGUAUCAGCCAAAGCUUCACAAAUUGCUACAAUUAUUCGAAAGGAGAAGCCACUUGUUGAGCUUUUAGUUGAAGAAAAGAGAGGCCUUGAAAAAAAUAAUAGAUUCUUUCAAGAUUUUAAAACUCUUGCAGAUGUUUUAAUUCAAGAAACAGUUCGCCAUUAUAUCAGUGAAAAAAUCCCAAACAUUGGAAGUAGCAUCUAUGGUGAAGAAAGCAACAAAUUUACCAAUUCUUUGGGAGAUUGUGUAGUGGUGACUAUUUGUCAUACUUGUGAGGAAACCCAGUUAUUACUUCAAAAAGUAUUAAAUGGGAACACUGAAGCUGCCUGUCUGUUAGCUGAAGCUGUUCAUAGCACCACUGAAGAUGUACCCUCACUUGAUGACUAUGACCUUCAUGUUGAUAUUGAUACAAACGAUUGUGGAAUAUGGAUAGAUCCUAUUGAUUCUACAGGUCAAUAUAUCAAAGGAGAAACAGGAGAAAAAGAUGAAUAUGGUAUGGUGGUUGAUGGUUUACAAUGUGUGGCCAUUCUAAUUGGAAUGUUCCAGAAGUCCACUGGGAAAUCCAUUUUAGGUGUAGCAGUGCAGCCAUUUGCAGAGUUUAAUCCUCAAACAAAUAGUUGGAUCUCUCAAACUCUCUGGGGGGUAUGCUAUAAAGACAUCAAACAAACAUCCUUAAAGUCAGCUGAUGAGGUUCUGCACAGAGAAGUCAAGCGAGCUGUGCUGAGCAACAGUGAAUCUGAACAUGUUCAGGAUGUGCUGAGAACAAAGUUCCAAUUAGUUUUUGCCUCAGGUGCUGGAUACAAGAUCUUGGCCACCAUACUUGGCCUGGCCAAUGCAUAUGUUCUGUCUCACCGCUCUAUCUAUAGAUGGGAUUGUUGUGCUGGUCAUGCUAUUCUUCUGGCGCUUGGAGGAGGCAUUAUAAGCUACAAGCAUGCCUUAGAAAUGGCCAGGAAAUCCUCCACACCAAUAACCAAAGAAGAUCUGGAUCAGCUUCAGGUUAACUAUGUGAGCACUGGAGGAGCCAUCACCAGUAGAAGAUGUUCUAUCUCUGAUGGUACUGAGAGCCUACCUGGGAUAGUUGCCUAUCUCACUGUUAGUGAUGUAUUGCUUAUCCUAGAUUUGCUUAAAAAUAUUUGAAAAUAUGAAGGUGUAGAGUGGUUAACCCCAUUGUGUAAUACCUAUACUUAAUAAACUGGAAGAACCCUAUUCCAUAGCCAGUUUUAUCACUCCACUAAGUUUUUGUACUUUAGCAAGGUCAUUUUGGUGUUGUUGGUCUGUAUGUUGUAUCUUGCUUUGGAGAUAUAAAACAAUAACAUAGAGAUCAAGUCAGUUUUGUUCUGCAUGGACAUAAUUAAACUAAAGCUUUAAUUGUGAUACAUUUAUUGGUUGAAUACAGCCCAGUAAAUGAUGAUAAUAAUAUUUGUUUAUAAAAGAUUUGAAAACAGUUAUACUUAUUUAUGUGCAGUAGAGUUUUUAACUUAACUUUCUCACUUAGACAAAAAAAAAAUAGAUGUGUAUUUUUAGCAAAGAACGGUCUUUAUGGCAUACACAUCUACUGUGUCUUACAGUUUUUAUUUCCAUUUGAAAUUAACAAUAAUCUGUUUACUGGUCUAAUGUCUUUUAUGAUGUGCACCAUUGCUUUAAUUAUAAGAAACUAAGGAAGGUAUUUUCCUUCCAAAGCAUGUCUAUUUUGAAUGCAAUACUCAUAUAGUCAUUUUAUUAUUACACAUAACCUUGUAAACCUACUAGAAUCAUUGCAAAUGGUAGGCCUAUAUAUAUAUAUAAAUAUAUAUUUGCUAAUCCUUGAGUUUUAGACAUUUCUUAAUAUUUAAAAAGGAUACAUCAAAUAUGUUUUAUUGAACUUCAUUUAAAGCAUAUUGAUUAUGCUAUGAACCAUUCAUCAAUUGAUUUGUUUAUCUGGAACACAAUUUGAUGAAUUUUUCUGUUUCUGAUGCAGGCAUCAGCAUUGUUUUAAUAAUGUUAUUUAAAUAACAUUGUGAUAUUACAGACAUAUUAGAAUGUUCAGAAUCAUAUUCUUACAUCAUAUCCCAUUGAACUGUUUAAAUAGUUUUUUGUAUCUAGAUUAAUUUAUUUCGCAUUACUGUAAAGUAAUUUUUUUGUGUGUAAAACCACAGAAAUUAGUAUUACAAAAUAAAUUCCUUAUAGUUCUUAUUUAUGAACUAUUUGGUUCCGUUCUUUAAAGAUGAAUUAAACUUCUCAUCUUUACGUGAAAUCAUACAAGAUAUUCUUUGUCUUAUGUCUGGACAAUUUAUUAAUUGCUUUGUUAGUAAAUAUCUAUAACCUUGUAAUUGUAUGCUUUGAAAUAUACUUUUAGCUAUCAGGAAUGUAAUCCAGAAUUUAUUUUUAUAUAUAAAUAUAUUUAUGUUUUGUGCAAUGUAGUACCAGAUUUUGGUAGGCUGUUGGUAGUUUCAGUGAUAGUAAUACUAACUGGUUCAGUUGUUCAUAAAAAAUGUAUCUUUGAAAAAGAAAACAAGAAAGAAAAAUACCCAGACAGUAUGCCUUAAUGUUGUUGUGAUUAUGCUAUUAAAGACAAGAUAAACUAUGAAUGUCUCAUAUAUUAAACUUUUCAAAAUGGAUUUUGCUCUUGUUGAAUAAUGUUAAUACCUGCAGGACUAGACUGACACAUUAUCUUCUUUUUUGAAGUAUUAUCUAUAAUAUAAAAGAUGAUCUGAGACUCAAUUUUACUUUUUUAAAAACAUGAAUUAUUAAUCAUGCUGUGGUUUGCUUAGGUGUUGUAUUUAUAAUUGACAGUCUCUGUUCACCAUAUACAAUCCAAUCUUCUUUUUUUUUAAUGCUUUUAUGUUUCUCACUCAUUUGCUUUUUUUUUUUACUCUUAAAUAUUUUUUUAGAAUUUAAUUAUAAUGUCUAGUAUAAGAGCUUUUUAAGUUAUUUCUUCGCUAAAAAAAAGACAACCAAAAUCAAAUAGAGAUACAAUUUUAUGUAUUUUGUACAGUUUUACACUAAGAAAAUAACUUGAACAAAAUCAAAUUUCUUUUAGAAAGUUGAUAAUCAAAUAUAAACAAAAUAAAAAUAAAGUUGCCCACUAAUGAACUUCUAGAGUUGGUUUUUGAAAAACUUGACUAAUUAGUUUAUGUGUAUUGAUUUUCAGCUCCUCAAUUUAGCAAUCUACAACUUACUCAAAAUACUAUUUUAAAAAAAAGAUUGCGAUUUUUAAAAUAUAAAUAAAUUAAAUCAUUUCAAGUUUAAUUUUUAUAAUUUUUUUAUUAUUUACAAAGUUGUUUUUUUUUUUCAUUUCUUUUAAAAUGUUCCUCUCCACAUUAUAUCUUUGAAAAAUCUUAGUAGAACAAUUAAAAAGACUAAGAAACAUCUGCAAAGAAAGUAGCAACAAAAGAACAAAAGAGAAUGUAAGUUAAACAAAAAACUUGUUAUAAGAUCAACCCAGUAGCAACAGAUUUUUUUUCAAGCCUUAAUACCUGAGGAAGGCAAUGCAUUUGUUAAAAACAUUAACAUAUGAGAGGCUUAUAAAAAAAAAAAAUUCUAGUUAGGAAAUUUUUUUAUUAGUGUUGACAAGUUGAAAAAAACAAAACAGGUCUGUUGUGCAUGUUUCAUUUCCUUCCCACCAAACUAAAUAUAGAGAGAUUUUAUUUCUAUAGGCAAAACAAUUUUUAUAAGUAAAUUCAAUUAAAUUUCAAUUUGUGCAAAUUAAAUGAUCUUUACAAGUUAAGUUAUGGCCAAAGUUAGAUUUUAGAAUAAAAACAUUUAUAGAGACGUUUGCUGUUCCUAUUGUUUCCCCUUGCAAGUUGUUGUUUCUAUCCUAGCUUCAGCAACAGCAGAGCUUAUGUUUCAAAUUUAUCUUGAAGCAUUUUAAGCAACAUAGUAAAUAACAGCAAAUUGCAUAAUAGUUUUUGCAUAUAAUGACUUUACAAUUUUCUCUCAUUAUUUGUAUGCAGUAUACCUAAUAUAUACAUUUUAUUUUGUGCUUAGAAAUGUAUUUUUUAAAAUAAAUAUAUAAUUUAAAGAAUUUUCAGUCAUAUUCUUAUAUUAUAUUCCAUAGUUAUCCCAUUUCUUGUGCUCCUCUAAAUAAUGAUCAUCUCAUUUUGAAUGAAAGUCAAAGCCUUUACCAGUUGCUUACGUAUUCAGAGUUUAAUUUGUAUUCGAAGCAUACUUUAGAAAGAUCAAAUUUUAUCUUUUGAAAGGUGUACAACAGUACAAGCAUUACAAAAUGCACAAAAUAAAAUGUUUUGUCUCUUAAUAUUUUUAAGCAGAUAUAUAUAUAUAUAGUUUCUCAGUCAAUACUGUUGUGUGAAGGACUUUGGUUGUGUAAUGACCAGGAGAGUGUAUACAAACCAUAGCUUUAGUGAAUCUAUUUCUUUUUUUAUUUGCAUUAAAAUCAUUCAUUGUAAAUGUUAAUUCACCAAGCAGUUCUUCACCCUCCUAUACUUGAAGUUUUUAAUUAUAAUACAGCUAUAGCACUGAAAAUAAACACUUUAAAAUCUAA